AUGGCGACAAAAGUGAUCGUUGUGACUGGAAGUGCCUCGGGGAUGGGACUCGCAACAGCUACUAGGCUUGCUAGUAGUGGAGUCCAUCUUGCUCUAUGGGAUAUCAACAGCAGCAAGCUUGAAGAAAUUGCAAAGUCCUUCAAAUCCCAAUAUUCAGGGAAGAUCUUGGCUCAAACCGUUGACGUGUCAGAUCGCUCUGCUGUCAAGGCCGCCUUGAUAGAGGCACAAAAUUCCAUCGGGGCCAUCAAUGGGAUUGCGAACUUCGCAGGGACGGGCGGUCGGCAAUUAGGAGUAGAACCAAUUUGGGAAACAAGCCCUGAGGAGUUUGAUUUUAUUAUCAACCUGAAUAUCAAGGGUCUUUUCAACUUAUUAGGCGAAGCUUUGACCCCUGGGUUCCUUGGUGAUCUGAAAAGUGUUGUGCAUAUUUCGAGCAUGUUUAGUACCAGAGGCUACCAGAACGGGGCAGUCUUCGCUGCCAGCAAGCAUGCUGCAUUGGGGAUGGUCAAAAGUGCAGCUCUCGAGGUCGGAUCAAGGGGUAUCAGAGUGAAUUGUGUUCUACCAGGAGCUAUUGAGACCCCUAUGUUUCAUGAAGUCAUAGACAACGCUGGUCUAUCUUCCUCCGCAUCGAAUACACCGAUUCCCAGGCCUGGUCAACCAGAGGAAGUCGCAAGUGUCACGAAAUUCUUACUUGGUGAUCAAAGCAGUUACGUGACUGGAGCUGCGUGGAAUGUGGAUGGGGGUGCAAAUGCUUAA